GGCCCGCCCGUUUGACAACACUAGCAGACGAAAAGUGGGAGGGACGGCGGCAGUGGCAGACGACGCAACGAACGCCGGGACGACGGGCACGACGGACCGGGCUCGCACUUCGCGUAAACAAACGGCCCUCUUUCUUUCUGUAUUCCAAUGUCUUAGAAGAAAAAGUGGUUUCAUCUCAUUUGUCAGUGGUUUGCGUUCCCAUUAUCACAAGAUGGAGCAUUCUCGGUUUAAGCGAUACUUUACCAACCCCUGGAAAGAAGGAACAGUAGGCUCGGAAACAGAUUUUACUCUGGAUGCUGACACUGGAGUAACAAGGAUAAAAGAAAUGAUCAAUUUAAUAAGCUCCAAGAGACCUGCUGUAACUAAAGAUGGUGAAGGCGGUCUGUAUGUCGGAAUUGGAGGAAUAGCAUACAUGUACUACUAUCUCAGUCAAUCACCAUUGUUCGCCUCUGAAAAGGACCAAUUCAUUGAAAAGGGUUUGGAGUAUGUCCGAGCUGCCUUUCUUUACACGCACCAGAGUGUUCCUGUAAAGCAGGCUGAGGAAUGCGCUUUCCUCUUGGGCCCUGCAGGGAUUUACGCAACAGCAGCAGCUUUACACCAUGCAAAAGGAAGUCCUUUAGAAGCUGAGCAAUUCUGUCAGCUGUAUGUAUCCUUAAGCUCUAUCUGCACCCCUGUGGACUUCUUAGCUUGUGGAGGAGACGAAUUACUCGUUGGCCGAGCAGGCUUUUUAUGUGGAGCGUUGUGGCUGGAGAAAGUAUUUGGUUCUCCAGUGGUGCCAAUAUCUGAUUUGCACAAAGUUUGUCAAACAAUAAUAAUAUCUGGAAGAUGUUAUGCUCAACGCACUAAAAGUCAGUGCCCACUGAUGUAUGCUUAUUACGGCACCGAAUACCUUGGAGCGGCACAUGGCCUGAGUGGCAUCUUACAAAUGUUACUGAGUGUCCCAGGAUUCAUCCAAUCAGAUGCAUCUAUUGAGAGAGAUGUGAGAACUAGUAUUGAUUACAUAUUAUCAACACAGUCUGCGGAGGGAAAUUUUCCAUUUGCAACUGAGGAGGUACGUUUCAAGACUCGUCAACCAGAAGAUGAGAUGGUUCACUGGUGCCACGGUGCUCCAGGUGUUGUUUAUUUAAUGGCUAAAGCAUAUAUUUUAUGGCAAGAAGACAGAUACUUACAAUCAUGCAUUCGUUGUGCAGACAUAGUGUGGGAUAAAGGUCUACUGAAAAAAGGUCCAGGAAUAUGCCAUGGAGUAGCAGGAAAUGCCUAUGUUUUCCUCACCUUAUAUCGUCUCACUCAAGAUGAAAUGUACUUGGAUAAAGCCCGUCAGUUUGCCAGUUUCCUCUUCUGUGAGGAGUUCCUUACCUGUUCUCGCUCUCCUGACAGUCCAUUCAGCUUGUUUGAAGGGAUUGCUGGGACCGCUUGUUUCAUCAAUGAUGUGCUGCAGCCAUCCAGUGCUUCUUUUCCAUUUAUGAACAUAUUUUGAUGGAAAUGAAGAGACAACUAUCAGUGAUGAAGCUUCAUUCAGCAAAUCCUUGGCUUCAGCAAUAAGUGUUGAUUAGUGAGAAAUUCAAGAUUCAUGUGUUAUGUUCAUUGAAUCAUUGCAAUCAUGUCUGUUUUCUUCCAAGACAGUGUUUUAUUCUUCGUAGUAGACUGGCAUAGGAAUAAGAUUACUGUACAUAUAAUAUUUUUAUUUUCACUUUUUUUUUUAGGUUGAUUAAUUUUAAAAUAAUUAUGCUGUGAUCUGUCCUUUGUUUCUAUUGUGAAUGUAGGAAUAUAAAGUAAUAAUCAAAAUCUGCAAUACAA